AUGGAUCGACGAAGCUGGCCUUGGAAGAAGAAAUCUUCUGAUAAAUCAUCAGACAAAGAUGGUUUACAGAGACCCAAUCAAGCAGAGGAUGAGGAAGUUCCAAAAUACAUGCAGAUUUCACCAGGAAGAUAUUCACAUCUUACUGCAUCACAAGAACAAGUCGAAAUACUGAGUGCAAAGAUAAAGAUACUGAAUGACAAAAUAUCUGCUGCACAAUGUGAGAUGAACACCAAAGAUGCUAUAGUAAAGCAGCAUGCUAAAGUGGCUGAAGAAGCUAUAUCAGGUUGGGAGCAAGCUGAACCAGAGGCCUCAGCACUGAAACUUCAACUAGAAAUUGUAACAUUAUCCAAGCUAGCAGCUGAGGAAAGAGCUACCCAUCUGGAUGGAGCUCUAAAAGAAUGCAUGAAGCAAGUGAGGGCAGUGAAGGAAGAAGGUGAGCAAAAGUUGCUUGAUGUAGUACUUGCAAAGACCAAACACUUUGAGAAGAUAAGGGCUGAACUAGAAGCAAAAUUAGUUGACUUUGAACAAAAACUGAUUAGAGCUGGUUCUGAGAAUGAUGCACUCUCAAGGUCUCUUGGAGAACGAGAAAAUUUGCUGAUGAAAGUUCAUGAGGAGAAGGCUCAAGCAGAAACCCAGAUUGAAGUACUAAAGAGCACUAUCCAGUCAGGUGAAAAGGAGGUAAAUUCACUGAAGUAUGAACUACAUGUUGUCUCUAAAGAGCUUGACAUUCGCAAUGAGAAGAACAUGAGUGUUCGUUCAGCUGAUGUAGCAAUCAAACAACAUAUGGAGGAUGUCAAGAAAAUAUCAAAACUGGAAGUAGAGUGCCAAAGAUUACGUGGCCUUGUCCGGAAAAAGUUACCUGGGCCUGCCGCAUUAGCUCAGAUGAAGAUGGAAAUGGAUAGCUGGAGUAGAGACCCAGGAGAACCGGCGUUCGUUUUCAAGGAGUUCUACAUUCCAGAAACCAAGAAGUUAAAAGGUGCACUGUCAAAAUGCAACCAAGAGCUACAGGCAUCAAAAAAUAUGUGCGCUAAGACUUCAAGUAAGCUUCAUAGUAUGGAACUGCAUGUAUUGAGUGCUAACCUUUGCAAGAGCCCAACAAAUUCAUCCAUUGAUACUUCUGCAUCAAGUCGGAAAGGAAGCAACCCACCAAGCCUAACUUCCAUGUCUGAAGAUGGUGCUGAUAAUGCAACAAGUUGUGAGGAGGCUUGGGCUAAUACUUUGGAAUCAAAACUGUCACACAUCAAGAAAGAUAAAGGAGCUCAGGAAUGUGGGGUCAUUGUUGACAAGAAUGUUGGUAAAGUUGAGUUGACAGAGAGCAACAAAAUAUCAUCGCCACCUUUGCAAUCACCUGGUUCUUCAUUUAGUAGUGACCUGAUUGAUAAGGCCCUAUUUUUGAAACUGCAUUUGAGAAUUUCUGCUUUGUUGAAAUCUCAAUCACCACAGAAUGAUGUUAAGGUACUGGAUGGUAUCAGGAAUAUCCUAAGAGAUAUUGAAGAAGAGGCAGAAUCUGUGAACAGAAACAAAAUUCAACAUGAUGACAUGGUCGAAGUUGCUGGCAGUGGAUCUUCAGCAGAGGAAGUCAAGCCCUUGGGCACCAUGGAUCAAAGGCUGACAAAAGCCAUUUUUAAGAUCCAUGAAUUUGCCUAG